UAAAUUAUAUUUUCAUUACAAGAGCUGGGAAAUCUUUAAUUAUACAACGAUGGUGACUGCAAUCGCAUUCUCUUUGGUCACAUUUUUGGUUAGUGAAGUUGCGGGUAGUGAAUGUUCAUACAAUAAUACGGAAGCUGGGUUUGAAGAAGCAGGACUUGAAACAUGGGAUAUAGUUACAAUUGCGCUGUAUUUUGUAUUCAUUCUUGCCGUUGGAAUAUGGGCGAUGUUCACGGCUGAUCGUGGAAAUGUAGCAGGAUUUUUCUUAGCUGGAAGAGACAUGACGUGGUUUCCUGUAGGAGCUUCUUUAUACAGCAGCAAUAUUGGAAGUGGCCAUUUUGUGGGACUGGCUGGUACUGGAGCAGCUUCAGGAAUAGCACAAGGGUCAUUUGAAUGGAAUGCCAUGGUAACUCUGCUAUUCCUCGGUUGGAUAUUUGCUCCAGUAUAUAUUGCGGGAGGUGUAGUAACAAUGCCAGAGUAUUUGGCAAAACGAUUCGGUGGAGAACGCAUUCAGCCAUUUUUGUCGAUUUUGUCUCUGUUCAUGUAUGUCUUCACUAAAAUUUCAGCCGAUCUUUUUGCUGGAGCUCUUUUCAUAACUGAGGCACUGGGUUGGGGACUGUACCCUUCCGUUAUUGGACUCUUGGCAAUCACGGCACUUUAUACAGUUACUGGAGGUUUGAAGGCUGUCAUCUACACGGAUACAGCUCAAACCGUUAUUAUGCUUAUUGGUGCUUUUAUCAUGAUGAUCCUAUCAUUUCAAGAAAUUGGGGGAUAUGAAAAUCUAGAACCUUGUUAUAUGGAAGCAAUACCAUCGAUAAUACCCGAAAACACAACUUGUGGAUGUCCUAGAGAGGACGCAUUCCAUGUUUUUCGUAAUGCAAAAACAAGCGAUUUGCCUUGGCCUGGAAUGCUUUUUGGAAUUACAAUUAUUGCAACCUGGUACUGGUGCACAGAUCAGGUCAUCGUUCAAAGAACGCUGGCAGCGAAAAAUUUAUCUCAUGCCAAAGGAGGUUGCGUUUUUGCCGGACUUCUAAAAUUCACACCUAUGUACAUGAUGGUCAUGGUCGGAAUGAUCAGUAGGAUUGUUUACCCCAAUUCUGUAGCGUGUGCUGACCCCGCAGUUUGCACAGAAAAAUGUGGAAACCCGGGAGGAUGUUCGAAUUAUGCUUAUGCAAAGCUGGUGUUGUACAUUAUGCCUCAAGGACUGAGAGGCCUUCUAUUGGCGGUUAUGAUAGCUGCUCUGAUGUCAUCGUUAACUUCGGUUUUCAAUAGUGCAAGUACUCUGUUUACAUGUGAUCUUUGGACAAAGAUUAGACCUGAAGCAAAAACGCGAGAGCUUAUGAUUGUCGGAAGAAUUUUUAUUCUCAUCAUGGUAGUAGUCAGCAUAUUAUGGAUUCCCAUUGUGCAAGCUGCUGCUAGCGGAAGACUAUUCGAUUACAUUCAAGCUAUUACAAGUUUCCUUGCCCCUCCAAUAACUGCAGUAUUCGUUCUUGCGGUGUUUUGGCAAAGGAUGAACGAACCAGGAGCAUUUUGGGGUCUCGUACUUGGAAUGUUCAUCGGAUUGUGUAGAAUGUGUAUGGAGUUUGGAGUCGGGGCACCCAACUGUCCGGAUCCGGAUUUUCGACCGUUCAUACUUACCAAAGUUCAUUACUUGCAUUUCGGAAUGCUUCUUUUUGGUUUAUCUGUGAUGAUAUCCGUAAUUGUAUCAUAUUUAACACCACCCAUCCCCAAGGAAUAUAUUGUACGAUUGACAUGGUCGACACGGCAUAGCAAGAGAAAACGCAAAGAUAUUGAGGAAUUGGAGCUGAAAACUAAGCCAAAUUUACGCGGUCAAGAUAAUCCGGCUUUAGACAUGAGCAAUGAUAAAAGGGAUGACGCAUCAUCUGUUAGUUCUAGUGAGCAAUCUACAGCAGAACCUGUCUCGGGCUGGAAGAAGGCCUUCAAUAAAUUUUGUGGCCUGGAGGAAGACAAGGCGCCUACAUUAACAUCAGAAGAGCAAGAGAUGUUAAACAAGAAAAUGGCUGAUAUUACGGAAGAAAAAUGGCCUGCCAUCAUAGUUAACACUGGGGCCUUGUUCAUGCUUUCAGCUGGUGUGUUUUUGUUUGCCUUUUAUGCAUGAAGUCUCGGUUGAUGAAUAGAUUCUGAAAUAGAUUUUCAAUUAUUUGCAAUAAAUUCAAUAUAAAUGACAGUUACUGAAAACUGGUUUUAUAUUUUUAAACAAUAAUUUUUUAUGAUCGGUUAACACCAAUAAGGUGAAUACUGUAUCUGUUUUAUGAUCAGACAUAUAUAUA